AUGUCCUCUAGUUUGGAGUACAGAGAUAGAGAGAGGCAGAGGAAACGAGAAAGUAGGCGACAAGCAAGCCAAGCUCAACGGGAGAGGGAGCGGCAGAGAGCUAGAGAAAGACGAAACUGCUCUGACGAACAGCGGGAGAGGGAGCAAGGGAGAAACAGAGAAAGGAGGCGCAAUUUUACUGACGAGCAACGGGAGAGGGAGCAAGAAAGAAGCACAGAAAGAAGGCGCAGUUUUACUGACGAGCAACGGGAGAGAGAGAGAGAGAAAAAAGGAGAACUGUACAGUACCGCAAAUGAUCCCCAACCGCAAAUGAUCCCGAGACCGCAAAUGAUCCCCAAAAUGGACCGAAAAUGAUCCUCGACCGCAAGUGAUCCCUAAAGUCGACCGCAAAUGAUCCCAUGAAAAGUUGAGGAAUGGAAUGGAUUUUAUGGGACUGAUUACAAAAAAGGACCGAUUAUAAAAAAGAAACCUUUAUCUCUCGCCUUUUAAAGAAAAAGGGAAGGAGGACGCUACAUCUCAGGUCAAUUUAUACGAGGCGAAAAAAAAAUGGAAUAAAUCUGAAAAGGUAUAGUAUUAACCGUAUACUUCUUCCUUCGCCGAUUGCUUCAAUUUUCUUUCAAGAAUGUUUCGUCUUUUAAAAAAUUUAAAACAGGCAGGACGUUACGUAGAAAAAUUAUUUUAACGCCUAGAAGCUCAACUUUUCUACUGAGGAAUACAAAGCCGUGCACCCUCUACCUAACAAGAGCUUUAUUGACUUUACUGAUCUUUUUGAAAGCGUGAAAUUAAUCAGCCAGAAUAUGUCAUUUUGAUUUUUCUCUGAGGUGUUAAUUUUACGUGAUAAACAGCAAGACAUUUGUUCGUAACUUAGGUGCCCGUUACAAAACAAGACAUGAUUUAACAUAAACACAAGUCAAAACGCCCCCGAACUUAUCAAUGUCCUCACGUUUCGGUUUAUUUCGAAAUAGCAACUUUCUUACAUCUCAUGAACGUGUUGUGAAUAGUUAUAUUAGCGUUUUUAUGUAUAUUCAUUUGUUGUGCUUUGCUGAAGACAGUUACCAGGAAUCUAAACCUGGUAAUGAGAAACGCAAAGCCAGGUAAGCGGUAGUUAUCGCGUGACAAAACAUCGUAAGAAACCGUCACAUUCACGGACUAAAAGAAAAUCGCUUAUGAUUAUUCAGAUCCAGGAGGCACUUAGGAGAAAAUUAAACAACCUAAAACCCUUAUUUAGCGGCAAUGAAGAGCACUGCAUUUCAAAAGAGGUCAAAGGAAAUGCUCUUGCAUCAAAGGGCAAAUCAUGCCGACCAGAAACAACAAUAACCGCAGAAAAUGCGUGUCAUGACCUCUCAGUAUGAAAUAAGCGGCAAAAAUCACAUUUGCUCAGUCAAAACGUUUUCCUCAGAGGUAUAAUCUACCCGCCAGAGCCGGAAAAAAGUCAUUGGAACAAGCAGCAUUUUAGCACGAGGUAAAAGUCGUUUGUUGCCUACCGACUUCGUUUUUACUCUUAAAUGAUUUUUUUCAUUUAGUUUUUAUUCAAAUAUUUAUUUGAGAAGUAAAAUUUAUCUUUUAACCUGACUUAUUGUAAUAAUAAAAUCGACACGAUGAUCCGCUAACUUGAGUCCAAGUCAUUCCUAUUUUUCUUUCGGGAUCAUUUGCGGUCGACUUUGGGGAUCACUUGCGGUCGAGGAUCAUUUGCGGUCCAUUUUGGGGAUCAUUCGCGGUCUCGGGAUCAUUUGCGGUACUGUACAGAACUGAGGCGCAAUUUCACUAACGAGCAACGGGAGAGAGAGAGCAAGAAAGAAGCAAAGAAAGGAGGCGAAAUUCCACUGAAGAGCAACUGGAUAAUAAACGAAAAAGAGUAA